AUGAAUGGUUGCAUAAGAGAGCGAAAGCUAAUUGUCAUUGGUAGCGGACCAACAGCAAUCGGUGCUUUAUAUCAAAUUUUUUCGUUAAUCGACGAAGGAGUCUUGGAUAAAACGACUCUCAAGGCAUGUGUGAUUGUUAUUGAAAAGGAAGGUGAAGUGGGUGGUUUAGCGAGAUCAGUUACCGAUUCCAAUGGAUUUACGUGGGAUUUUGGAAUACACGUUACGGGUGUUUCACGAUACAAGGAAUUUACGCGAGUUGUUGAUAAUGCAGUCGAUCUUUCUGAAAUUUGUUGUGCUAAAGAGGCACAUUUGAAUUACGUUCCAUAUCCUGUUCAACAUUCAAUUCCUUAUUUCCCUCGAGAAAUUAGGAAAAAAUGCAUUGAAGAAUUGAGAUAUUUAAAUGAAACUCCAGAUGCUAAAAAAUGUAUGAAUUUCGCAGAAUAUUCUUUGCAAAUUUUUGGAAAAUCUUUGCAAGAUAUUUUUAUAAGACCUUAUAACAAAAAGGUGUGGAUUGUAGAUCUAGAAGAAAUGAAUUGCUGUUGGGCAUCUGGUCGAGUUCCAAAUAUCGAUUUGGGAAAAAUUGAGUCUCAUUGUGGUAAAACUCGAGACGAAUUAGAAGAUGAAGCUGAUCGAGCACCUUUUAUUUGUUUCAGAUAUCCUAAAGAACUAAAAGGAUGUGGAAAAGUGUGGAAGAUCAUCGCCCAAUCCUUUCCAUCUGAAAUUUUUCACUUAAAUGAACGAGUUGUUCGAAUCGACUGCGAUGAAAAAAUUGUACAUACCAUUGAAUUAAAUGGAACAACUCAUGUAUAUGAAUAUGAUUUUGUGUUAUCGACAUUACCUAUAACGGAACUAGGACGAAUCGCUUCACUUUGUGGCAAAAUAAAUCUUAAAUAUACUAAGGUAGUUCUGGUUGGCAUUGGUGUCAGUUGUCCACAACCUGAGUGGACUCAGACUUCUAGCUGGGCAUAUUAUCCUUAUUCUGAUACAGUUUUCUACAGGUGUACUUUUCUUUCCAAUUUCAAUGAUUAUUUGACUCCUGAUCCAGAUCGCUUUUGGUCAGUUUUGUGUGAAAUAAGUCUCGAUGCAGAAGAAAUCUUCAGUGAACCGCAUUUAAUAGCCAAAACUGUUGAAGGGUUGAAGAUGAAGGGAGUCAUAAAUGAAGAAAAUAAAAUCGUGGAUAAAUGGAUAUGCGUAUUGCCGUUUGGGUAUCCUAUACCGACUGUUGAACGAAACGAAGAAUUAAGGCGUUGUCAUAAAAUAUUUCAAGUUUGUUUUUUUGAGAAAGCGUUAUAUUCUCGUGGUCGAUUUGGAGGGUGGAAAUAUGAAAUUUCCAAUCAAGAUCACAGUUUUACAAUCGGAAUGCAAUUUAUCAAUUAUCUAAUAUUAGGAUAUAGUGAAACACUUUAUACCUUUUAA